AACGGAAAUUUUCUUGUUACUCCACGUUCGGCAAGCCUCUUAACCGGUCGCGCUGAACGACUAACUGACAUUAUUUAAGUAAUUUAUUUUGUACGUUAAGUCUACAAAACUCUAUUCAACAUGCGUGAGUGCAUCUCAGUACACGUUGGCCAAGCCGGAGUCCAGAUCGGAAAUGCCUGCUGGGAGCUCUACUGCCUUGAGCACGGCAUCCAGCCCGAUGGCCAGAUGCCCACUGACAAGACCAUCGGAGGCGGAGACGAUUCAUUCAACACCUUCUUCAGCGAGACCGGGGCGGGCAAACAUGUGCCCAGAGCAGUGUUUGUGGACUUGGAACCUACAGUAGUAGAUGAGGUCCGCACCGGCACAUACAGACAGUUGUUUCAUCCAGAACAACUUAUCACUGGUAAGGAGGACGCGGCCAACAACUAUGCGCGAGGCCACUACACCAUCGGCAAGGAGAUCGUAGACCUGGUGCUGGACCGCAUCCGCAAGCUGGCCGACCAGUGCACGGGACUCCAGGGCUUCCUCAUCUUCCACUCGUUCGGAGGCGGCACCGGCUCCGGUUUCACCUCUCUGCUCAUGGAGCGCCUCUCCGUGGACUACGGCAAGAAGUCCAAGCUGGAGUUCGCCAUCUACCCCGCGCCGCAGGUGUCCACCGCCGUCGUGGAGCCCUACAACUCCAUCCUGACCACGCACACGACUCUCGAGCACUCCGACUGCGCCUUCAUGGUCGACAACGAGGCCAUCUACGACAUCUGCCGCCGCAACCUCGACAUCGAGCGCCCGACCUACACCAACCUCAAUCGCCUGAUCGGCCAGAUCGUAUCCUCCAUCACGGCCUCGCUGCGUUUCGACGGCGCCCUCAACGUCGACUUGACCGAGUUCCAGACCAACUUGGUGCCCUACCCGCGCAUCCACUUCCCGCUCGUGACCUACGCGCCUGUCAUUUCCGCCGAGAAGGCCUACCACGAGCAGCUGUCCGUGGCGGAGAUCACCAACGCGUGCUUCGAGCCCGCCAACCAGAUGGUGAAGUGCGACCCGCGCCACGGCAAGUACAUGGCGUGCUGCAUGCUGUACCGGGGUGACGUGGUGCCGAAGGACGUGAACGCGGCCAUUGCCACCAUCAAGACCAAGCGCACCAUCCAGUUCGUGGACUGGUGCCCCACCGGUUUCAAGGUCGGCAUCAACUACCAGCCCCCGACCGUCGUGCCGGGAGGCGACUUGGCCAAGGUGCAGCGUGCCGUGUGCAUGUUGUCCAACACCACCGCCAUCGCCGAGGCGUGGGCGCGUCUGGACCACAAGUUCGACCUGAUGUACGCCAAGCGCGCCUUCGUCCACUGGUACGUGGGUGAGGGUAUGGAGGAGGGCGAGUUCUCCGAGGCCCGCGAGGACCUGGCGGCUCUCGAGAAGGACUAUGAAGAGGUCGGCAUGGACUCCGCCGAGGGAGAGGGCGAAGGCGCCGAAGAGUACUAAGCCGAUGAUUAUUUAUUUUCCUUCCGGCUCGCUCACACCGAUACAUUCCGG